AAAAAAUACCUACUUGUAGUUUGCUAUAUAAUGUACCUUGGAGCCUAAACAAGUAGAGUUUGAGAGGAAGGAACACACAACCAACAAUGCUACGUGCAGAAUUAAUAAGAGUUAGUAUCCUUUUAUCACUGUUAUUUUUCACUUUUUUGGCCAAGUCCAGCACUGAUGACUGCAACUACUUUAACAUUGAAAAUGUUGCUCUGCGUGGAAAAGCAACCUUGUCAAAACCGUACAACCAUUUGGGCCUAGCUUCCAAUGGUAUUGAUGGUAACCAUGAUGGGAUUUUUGAACAUGGGUCCUGUGUACAUACUGGAAAUCAUGAUACCCCCUGGUGGAGGGUAGACCUAUUGGAACCACACAGAGUAGAGUGGGUGAUCAUCACAACACGAGGAGACUGCUGUCCUGAACAGAUAAAUGGAUCCGAUAUUCGCAUUGGCAACUCAUUAGAUAACAAUGGCAACCAAAAUCCCAGAUGUGCAACUAUCACUAACCUUCAAAGUGGAAUUUCAGCCACUUACAAGUGCAAUGGAAUGGAUGGCCGCUACAUAAAUAUAGUUAAACCUGGAAAAACUGGUGUUGUGGUUUUCUGUGAGUUUGAGGUCUAUGGUGUGCCACUGAAAAAGGAAUAUUGUACAAGUAAUAACAAAAAAGAUUGUAAUGAUAAUAAAUAAAUAAUAAAUUGUAGACCUUUCAUUAAAGGGGAAAUGGACUUGAA